UCUUUGUAGUCAACAUCAAGAGACAUUUCUUUCAGCUUGAUUUCUUUCAAAACAUGGGCCUGGACCAUUUCAGGCCUAAGCCCAGAAGACGGGUCCAUAAUUCAAUUUUGAUGCCUUGGUGAACUUGUGGUGUGGAUACUUACACAUUCAAAAAUCAAAAAUUCUAAACAGGUGGCUCUACUUUUCAAUAUUCGUUUCAUUUAUUUAAGUCGCCGCCUUCUUCUCCAAGCCUAAAGGUCUUCUCUUUUCACCGGCUCUCUGCUCCUUGAUUUUUCCUCUGCGAAUCCAUUCAAAGGAUGAGUAACCAACCAGCAAAAGACGGUGUUAUACCUCCACCCAUUUCAGAUAGCAAGGCUGCCGCUGCAGAGACAAAACCAAAGAAGAAGAUAUGUUGUGCGUGCCCUGACACCAAGAAGCUGAGAGAUGAGUGCAUCGUCGAGCAUGGUGAAUCUGCUUGCGCUAAAUGGAUCGAAGCUCAUAAAAUGUGUCUCCGAGCUGAAGGUUUCAACGUCUGAAAAAGGCUCUCUUUUUGUUUUUCUUUCUUGGAAUAUAUAAUUUGAUGAAUCAAAAGUAAUGAGAGCAGUUCAUUGCCCCCAAAAACACAAGAGAUUGAUUCAUCUUGAGAUUUUUAUUUGGAUACAGAGUCCCCAUUUUGUUGUGGUUGAAAAUAAAAGUCCAAAGAAACAAAACAAGCAUCGAUCUUUUCAAAUAUGUUGCAACUCUUUACAGUGUUAGUCAAGUUUUACAAGGAAGGGAAAUAAGAUGUUCGUUCACAGCA